AUGAGCCAACAGUUCCUGGAGAGGCCGCCCUGCCAGCCAGGUUUCUACUGUCCUUUGGGGAGCUUUAUUCCAGUCCCCUGUCCCAAGGGAAGCUACGGUCCAGCUGCUGGUGCUGUGUCCAUAGACAGCUGUCUGAAGUGUCCUCCUCACCACUACUGUCCUCAGCCAGGCCUGCCUUCCUCCCUGCCCUGUGGUCCUGUGGCUCAGCAGCCUCUGUCUGGUCAGGACACCUGCGUCUGCCUGGGACACGGACAGACUUUCCAGACCAGUGAUGGCCGCUGCCUCUGCACCAUCGGCUACCAACCGACCAACACCGGAGACGCAUGUGCACACAAACUCUAUGAUGUCUGCAGAGACGGAAAGACACGCACUCAGUCCGGAGACUGUCUGGACAGAUAUCAGUGGUCACUUCACUGCAGGCAGCAGGUGUGUCCAUCUGCAGAGGAUUAUCGGGGUUACGAUGGAGAGCUGGGUCUAUGUGUUUGCAGAGAGCCUCCUGGAAGAGCUGCGUGUGGAGGCCUCUGUAGGAGAGGACCAGCUGCUGAGCUGAAGCUCCGCUGCAAGUCCAGUGGAGAGAUGGAGCUUAUGUGUAGCUUUGACAGUCAGGUGAUGGGCGUCUCAGGCAGUGUGCUGCAGACGGUUUUUCAACAGUCCCCGGGGACUCCUCUGUGCAACAGCCAUCUCAACUCCUCACAUGCUGUUUACAUUGUUCAGACAACAGAGGCGGGCUUCCUCGGCCUCCUCAGCGGCCUCCCCAAGGAGCUUCAGCAGCUGUUUCCUGCCACCACACAGCAGGACACUCAGAGCUCAGCUGAAACUGAUGUUCUGUGGGAGCUCCCCGGAGUUGAGAAUAUCAGUCACAGCAGAAUAGAAAUGAAUUCCAGCAGCACGAAGGAAAACAUGAGCGAUGUCAAGAAAGAUAUGAGAGAAACGAGUGUUACCGGAGUUCUGAACCCCACAACAUGUCUUCAUUUAGGAGAUGUUUUAUUGUUCACUGUCGACACACGUCACUUUCCUCAGUACGAUCUUGAUAACUUGUACAACACAAAUAGCGGUUUCGACUGGGGUGCAUUCAGACAGCUAAAAGAAGAGCUGACUCUGUCUUGGACUCCUCCCAGCUUCUUUACCCUGGUCUUUAGCCAGCCUGGAGUCUAUGCUUUUAUGCUGAGCAGCGAUCAGUACAAACACUUGUAUGUGCGGGUGAUGCCUGCAGGAGGCCAGUGUUACGAGCCCGGCCCCUUCUUCCCCACCAUCCCUCGUCACGUGACCAGGGUGGGAAUCAGUCGGAGACGCAACCUGUUGCUGAGGCCAGACUGGCUGUCGACGGGAGGACUGCUGUUUGGAGCUGUGAUCAUCCUCUGUUUAUGUGUUGCACUGCUGAUCCUGUUCCGUGAAUAUGGAUGGCCUGAGAAGGAGCCAAUCAGAGCGCGGUAUCGAUUGUUGCAGUUGGGUUAUAACAUGGACGACUACUCAUCCAAAGGCUCCAGAGUGAUCUCACUGAGGAAGAUUCACCGAAACCAACAAGCAAGAAUGACACAAGACUCCAUUCAGCCAGUCUGUGGAGACACCUUGGAGGACUUCUGGGAUUACGAGCACCAGGUGGAUCUGGAGGCAUUCAGCAGCAACACCUUCUACGGCCUCCUGCUCAAACAGAGUCUGUCUGUCACCACACGGCUGGGACAGCUCACCACUGAGGCCUGUAGCUCUUUGUUUAGACAUUUACUAAAAGUACAGCGUUUUAAAGGAUUGACAUCAACCUGGUAA